GUGCGCCGCACCGUCCCCCAGGGGCUGAAGAGCCUCUACAAGAAGAAGCUUUUACCGGUGGAAGAGUUUUACCGCUUCCACGAUUUCCACUCGCCGGCGCUGGAGGACGCCGAUUUCGACAACAAGCCGAUGGUGUUGGUGGUGGGGCAAUAUUCCACCGGGAAAACCACGUUUAUCCGUUACCUGCUGGAGCAGGACAUCCCCGGCAGCCGGAUCGGCCCCGAGCCCACCACCGAUUCCUUCGUGGCCAUCAUGCACGGCGAGACCGAGGGCAUCACGCCGGGCAACGCCCUCAUCGUCGAUCCCAAAAAACCUUUCCGCAAGCUCAAUCCCUUCGGGAAUACCUUCCUUAAUCGGGCUGGGUUUUGGGCUCCGGCGGGGGGGAUCCCCAAUUCCCGCCUCCCCCCCCGCCCAGGCUACGACUUCCCGGCCGUGCUGCAGUGGUUCGCCGAGCGCGUGGACCUCAUCAUCCUCCUCUUCGACGCCCACAAGCUGGAGAUCUCGGACGAGUUCUCCGAGGCCAUCCGAGCCCUCAAGGGCAACGAGGACAAGAUCCGGGUGGUCCUGAACAAGGCCGACAUGGUGGAGACGCAGCAGCUGAUGCGCGUCUACGGGGCGCUGAUGUGGUCCCUGGGGAAGGUGUUCAACACCCCCGAGGUGCUGCGCGUCUUCAUCGGCUCCUUCUGGUCCGAGCCGCUCCUCAUCGCCGACAACCGGCAGCUCCUUUCGGCGGGGGGCGCGGACCUNNCCCGGGACCGGCGCCGUGCCGUGCCGUGCCGUGCCGGGGGCCCUGACGGAGCCCCGCGCUGCCCCCAGGUCCACGCGCACAUCAUCAGCCGCCUGAAGAAGGAGAUGCCCUCCGUCUUCGGGAAGGACAACAAGAAGAAGCAGCUGAUCGCCAAACUGCCGCUCCUCUUCACCCGCAUCCAGCUGGAGCAUCACAUCCCGCCCGGAGACUUCCCCGACUGCGCCCGCAUGCAG